UUAUAUGCAAUUUUGAUAUCAUAUAGAAAAAGAGAACCCAUUGUAAGUGCAUCGCGGAAAGUAUUUCGUGUACAGUAAUUCUACAGUCAGAAUUGUGCGCAAUUAAAGUUCAAUUACAUUAACUCCACAUCAAUUAACGACCAACUAGAAGACGAAUAUUAUUGAAGGGAGAUAAUUCAAACUUUAUGAGUUGGAAUGAUAGAUACAGAGUUGCCUGUCUUGUACAACGAUGAGAAUAAAUGGAAGGCUUGCACUUCUGAGGACAGUCCAUGGACUGUUACUUUGUAUGAUAAUCAGAAUUGCACAGUUAUACCCUGUCCACAAGGCAGGAAUUAGUGACCAGCAUUUGGAAAGUUUUCUCCCAUUCUUGGCCGAACAGAAUAAUUAUCAAGGCAAAGAUUGGAGGAAUAUUACCCUGUUUCGAGAAGAACUGGUGAAGAGUUUGACAUCCCGCUACAAAAUUGACUGGGGAUGCAGACUCAACAAAUCGCCAUGGUCAGUUGCAGAAAAAUGGCUCUCAAAUCAGACAAUUAUACCAGAGAGGACUCCAGAGCUUGGAGGAGUCCUAAAUGCUAUUGCCACAAGGGAGAUAAUUUCCGCUGAUGUUGGUUACAAAGGGACACAACUCAAGCUGCUACUCAAGUUAAAGGGAGGUCAAAAAGUGGCCUUUAAACCCAAAAGAUUUUCUCGAGAUGCGAUUAUUCAGGGUCCACCCUAUGCAGGGGAAGAUCGUCACAAUGGGGAAAUUGUCGCCUUCCAUCUCUCCAGGCUUCUGGAGUUUAGGCGAACCCCAUUGGCAGCCGGGAGAGUCAUAAACCUCGAGACAGAAAUUAAACCUGUGGCCACAUCAACCCUGCUGGAAACAUUCUACACAAGGGGAAAUAACUCCUGCUUCUAUGGAAAAUGCUUCUAUUGUAAGGGAGAGUCUACUGGGGUCUGUGGGGAAGGUGCCUUACUGGAGGGCAGUCUCAUCUUGUGGCUUCCAGAGGGGGUUUCACUUACGCAACACAAACAUCCAUGGGCCAGAACCUACAAAACUGGACUUCUUGCUCAAUGGGAAGAUGACCUGAACUACUGUAAGAAGGUGAUCCUUAAAUUCCCUAGCUACCACUGGGGUCCACGCCUUCUGGACAUUAUAGAUACUGCCAUACUGGACUUCCUUAUGGGUAACGCAGAUCGCCAUAGAUACGAGACAUACAGGGAUACCAUGCUGAUGCUUGAUAAUGCCAAAAGUUUUGGGAACCCUCAGCAUGACGAGACAUCUAUUCUAGCUCCUCUCUAUCAUUGCUGCAGAUUACGGUUAUCUACGUGGUUACGUCUGCUGGUGUACCAGGACGGAGUAUUGGGUCGUGUUUUACGGGAAGUUCUCCGGGGAGACCCUAUAUCUCCGGUGUUAUCCGAUCUACAUAUACGUGCCAUGGAUCGAAGAUUAGCACUGGUGCUAGAUUAUGUAAAGCAUUGCAUGUCUCAUAAUGGACCAGAAUUUGUGCUGAUAAAAAAUGGAUAGCAUUGAACAAUUAUAAUGAACACUUCUUUAAUGUAAACUGUGAUAGGCUUUUUUUUAAUUAAUUCUUUAUCAUAAACUUACGUUAAGCCAAUGAAUGAGAGACUUGAUGCUGUGAUGCUAGAUUAUGUAAAACAGACUCUCUCAACAUUGUCCAAUAUUUGCACUAAUUAAAGAAAGACACCAAUGAAAAAUAAUCAGUUAUUAAUUGAUUAAUUCUGUAAUAAACUUUGUUUUGUUUAUAAUAUUCAUCUUUAAAGAGACUUGAUAAUGGCAGGUGAUGAAUCAGAGGUUAGCAUUAAGGACAAAUUCAAUCACGGUUACUCUUAGAUUGUAGGGGCCACUUUGUUUUGAACAUUAAAUACUGUGAUAUACAAUUGGAAAACAUGUGUUUUAGUUAUUUAUUACCUGUCAUGAUCUGCUGCUUCAUUGAUAAGACCACAGCUCAUAUUGGUCUAAGCUUAAACUAAGAAUGAUUUAGACUAGGGAUGCAAACGAAUAUUUGAUCGUACAUUUAGUAUACAAAUGUCAAAAAUGAUUUUCGGUGUUUUAGUUGAAUCAAUAAAAUAAUAAACCUUUUGUUUACAACUGUGCUGUUGUGUAUUAAGUU